GAACAUUAGACUUCUGUCACCUACGAAGUGGAAGAGUCGUCGUCGUCGUCGGUUAUUUAUUUGUACCUGUUGAAUUACCCUUUUUUCCGCGGCGUCGGUCUUCGAGCGCCUAUAUAAACAAAUGCUCCCAACGGAUUUGCGUUUAUUCUGCAUUGUCACACCUAACGGUUAAGAUUCGCCAGGCGGAGCAAAAAUUGCAAAAUAUAAAGCUGAAAUCAGUGAUAUAGUUGGAGUAUAGCUGAGAAAUAUUUGAAAUAUAUUUCUGGAACAGUUCAUUCAUUCAGUAAAAAAGUACAGUUACAGUAAAAAGUACAGUUACAGUGGAAAGUGUUAACCGGAAUUAAAUAAACUUUGAGAUCAAGUGUCAAGAACUAGACUGAUCUUGUAUAAAAGUUCUAUAUAAAUCGCAGUGAUUUUGGAAAAAGUUCAAGAUGUCAGCCGUGUCGUCGCCCACCACAUGUGGUUGCUCGCCUGUCCAGUGGGCAUUCAUUGUCAUUGUGCUCCUGUCAAUGGCGAUUGGACCGGGAAAUGCCAUGCCCCGUUCACCCAGGAAUACGCAGUUGUUGUUCAGUGAGCUUCUGGGUGGCGGAAAUGAGGACAACAACUAUUAUGGCGAGCAGUUGAAGUACCAACAACAGCAGCAACAGGAGCAGAAACAGCAGCGAUUGCCUUCCUUUGCCAGGAAAUGGCCUUCGCUGAGGGAUCUCCUUUUAACAGCCGACUACGAUGACUUUGGAGUUACCCAGGAAAGUGAGGAGCAGGAUUCGCCGAAUUCCCGUCUGCUGGCCCGACUCCACAAGCUCGGAGAUAAUGGAGGUGGCGAUGAACUGCGCUAUAAUGUCGUCAACGAUCUGACCAAUAUGCCCAGCAAGAAGGUUGUGCCAGGACAUUCGCUCAAGGAACACAACACCAAGAAGAAUGUUCAAUUUCGUAAACAAUAUAUGUCGCCUUGCCACUUCAAGAUCUGCAACAUGGGACGCAAACGCAACGCCGGCUUCAACCCUUACUGAAGAGAAAUAAUGCUAGAAAAUCCGAGAAGCAAAAUGCCAUACCAAAGUAAAAUAAACCCUUUCAAAGAAAAAUAAGAAUUUGCAUUGUCACAAAAUCUGUUGAACGAAUGUUCAAAUGCCAAGUAUUGUCUACAGAUCUAAUUUUAAUUAGAAAAAUUCACGCAGAAUUUAAUUAGAAACUAUGAUUACAUUGUAUUUA